AUGCGUUCAGGUAUUAGACAUGUCAGGGAUACGAAAACUGUUUCCUGUCUUGAAAUUUAUUGGGAACUCGGCUGUCGUGCUUCAAGGGUAGACGAGAACGAAGCAAGAUCAGUAGCUCAGGAUGGCAGUGAGAGCAGUAGUACUUCAGACACCACGCCCGCUACAUCUUUCAGUCUCCACGCCACCACCGACCCCUCGAGUCUACGCAGCCCAGUGGCCGUGUGUGUCUUGGCGUUGGGCGUGACGUGCAGCAACGGUGGUAAUAGCAACGGGAAGCUUGAUGCACAGCACAGCACAGCACAGCACAGCGGAGAGAUUGGUGGUGAGUUGACGAUCCAAAGGCCUGACUCCACAGCGGUAAUGAGCCUUGUGUACCUUGCACUGUCUUCACUGACAACGCCCACUACUAACCCCUCUGCCUCCGCCACCGUUUCAAGAUCAGGAAGGACUCUGCCUUGCAUCGCGCACUGUGAUGGUCGCCGCCCCGCCCCAGUGGGCAGAGUGGUUGCUAGCGGCAAUAAUUUUGACAUUGUUUUGGACGUACAGACGCAAAAUAAUUAUUGUGGCACAUUUUUUGUGGGUGGGAAGCCAGCGGCCCUCCACGACUCCACCCACGGCCAAGGUGUCCACCAGUGUGAGCCUUUAUUGCUGACAACAAAAUGA